UUGCAUUUUUGACUUUGUGGGAAGCAAAGAAAAGAGAACAGAAGCUGAAAUGACAAGAAUUACAGUUGAAUUGGGUCUGCCAUCAAAGUGGUGGGAUGAGAUCAAUGAAUCUGUUCAAUGGCAAGAUGGAAUUUUUUACUCUCUCUCUGCUGCUUUUGCUCUUGUCUCCACUGUUGCUCUUAUUCAAUUAAUUAGAAUAGAGUUGAGAGUACCUGAAUAUGGUUGGACAACACAAAAGGUUUUCCAUCUCAUGAACUUUGUUGUAAAUGGAGUUCGUGCCGUUGUCUUUGGAUUUCACAAAGAAGUGUUUCUGUUCCAUCCCAAGGUGUUGACUUUGGUAUUAUUGGAUCUUCCGGGCCUGCUUUUUUUCUCAGCAUAUACACUUCUUGUUCUAUUUUGGGCUGAGAUAUAUCACCAGGCUAGAAGUUUACCAACAGAUAAGCUGAGAACCUCCUAUAUUUCAGUAAAUGGUGCAAUCUACUUCAUACAGGCUUGUAUCUGGGUGUACCUCUGGAUGAACAACAAUAGCACUGUGGAAUUCAUUGGGAAGAUAUUCAUAGCAGUUGUAUCAUUUCUAGCUGCAUUAGGCUUUUUGCUGUAUGGAGAAAGGUUAUUUUCUAUGUUGAGAUGCUUCCCCAUUGAAUCUAAAGGGAGAAGAAAGAAGCUUCAUGAGGUUGGAUCUGUAACUGCCAUUUGUUUCACUUGUUUCCUCAUUAGAUGCUUUGUGGUUGUGUUAUCGACUUUUGAUGCUGAUGCAUCACUAGAUGUCUUGGACCACCCAGUUCUGAAUCUGAUAUACUACAUGCUUGUGGAAAUUCUUCCUUCAGCUCUUGUGUUGUACAUCCUGCGCAAACUGCCUCCGAAAAGAGUAUCUGCUCAAUACCACCCUAUUCAUUAGCUGCAGUGGACAUUUAUCUUCAAUCCUACAACCUUCCAAUGGUUGCAGCAAUUGAAGUUAGUGUAGUUCUGCACGAGGUAUGGAGCCGCACAGAAAAGGAUCUAGGAAGUAUAAAUUGUGGAAAGGCGCGGUUUGCCAGUUGCAGAUAGCUGUUGUGCUUACAUUUCUGUUACUUUUGUGGUUUGAAGACACAAAUUUUAGAAUUUUGUGUACUAAUUGAAUAAAGAAAAUUAGGAAAAUUAGUGCCUUGCUUCAUGUACUGUA